AUGGCAACUAGUAGUGAAAAUUCACCUGGUCAUGAAUCAGUUGUUAUAGACAAUGAUGAAGGAAUAAGUGUUGAGAGUAAUCGAACGACUACUCGUAUCAAAAGUAAAGUUUUUUUUUCGAAGAAUAAUGAACGUGUUCUUAUUGAAAAAGGUGUUAAAGGUAGUUUUGUUACCGUCAAUCGAUUUAAACAUUUUGGUUUUAUCAAGCGUAAAGAUAAAACUGAAUGGCCUGAUAUUUUCGCACGAGAAGCUUCAAUAAUUGAUCAAGUUCAUCCAAAGAAAUUUUUCGUGGCUGACACCUGCAAAUUUGACAUCAUGAAAAGUGAGUUAUUUAACUCUAGUCGUUAUAUAAAUAAAUAA